AUGACACGCUCCUCCGCACCUUGCAAUGCCCCUUACCAUGGGCUGUGUCUGAAAAGUCUCCCGCUAGAAGUCCAGAACCGCAAUCUCUCCUACUUUGCCCCUCACCCAUCGGACCCAGACUCAUUUUAUGACUGUCUCUUUCUAGCCGAAGCCAUUCUUCAUGUUCGUCUGGCAAUCCUCAAAAGUAUAUCCUUCAAGUUCUGCGUGACAUGACGCAUCACCCUUCUGGAACGAUGGGCUGCGGUUCUCCGACCUUCUUUACGAGAGCUGGACAUUCGAGUGCAUCCCAAGGCCCCGAAUCCCGGACUCCUGUCUCUACUUGACGUCCCUAAAAUGACACGAGUGUCUAUGCUCGCUUCACAGGAUAGGCUUCAUGCGCUUCAGGGAGCGCCAUAUUUGCGUUUUUUGUCACUCACCGUGCGAAGCCAAACCGAUGCCCUACUCGCAUUCGAGUGUUUCAAGUCCUGGCCUCAUCUAGAAGACUUGACUCUGAGAUUAGAGGGCAAGAGCGUUUGCAGUUUUUCGCCGCAUGGCGGGAGGAUUUCUUUAGCUUGCCCCAACAUCCAAAAGCUUGACAUCAAGUGUGUGUGUGGUCGUCCGGAUAACUGCACUGCGUGGCACUUCGCUGCCUCCUUUCCAAACAUUCACCACCUUGUCGUGCGUCAGCAAACGCCGACUCGGUUAUACAUUCCCUUUCGUGAAGACCAUGAACCAAUUCGCCGUGACCUCAUCCUACUACCUCGCAUGGAACGUAUGAUUAAGCAUUUCUCCGUCGACUUUGAUUUUCUGUGCACCAGUUGCGAAGUUAUAUGUUCUGAUUCAUCUGAAGCCGUUUUGCCCACCAACUGUUCUUUUUCCGUAUGGACGGAAAAUGUAGAAGCCGAAAAUGACGAAUAUUGCUAUGUAUACGUUUCCAUAUCGGACAAGGUCUUUCGAGUCCUUCGAGGUUCGAAAUAGUGAAGGCAUAAAUGGCGGAAAGAAUCUCUUCAUUGGAUCUAUUCUGCAGCAUGCUAUUGCCAUGCCUACACUCUGCGUAUUGUCUCUCGAACAGAUCAAUGUGAAAAGAAAUGAGCUAGGAUCUAUCUUGGAAGCAGUUGGGACUAGACUAAAAAGUUUGCCGCCACAAUCGAAUUCCGAGGAGAGAAGGGUUAUGAUCGACUGUCGUGGCUCUUUCGAAUGUUAGGAAGGUUCAAUCUUUUUAUUCAAGAGCUCAGUCUUAAUACUCGGUUGUUGAUCGAAUCGCAGGGCUUUGAUAUCAUCCAUCCUUCCGAGAGAUUGAUUCAUCAAGACGAGUUGAGAGCGGCCUACACUGAUUUUUCUCUCAAAUGCCCCCAUGUACAUGUUAUAGACCGGCAUCAUUCGCGCGUAAUUUCGUAUGUAGAACUCGAACAUGCCGUCUUCGAUAUUGGCUGUAACAUUAUCAGUGACAUUGAUAUCAGUGACAGUGAUAUCAGCGGCAUUAGUGAUUAAUAAAUCGAGUGCAUGUGACAUAUGAGCUGGUAAACUUUUUGCGU